GCGAAGAAUCCGGCAAUGUUGUGGAGAUCCCGAGAAAAAAAAAUGUUUUAAGACGAAAAUGAGUUGACGUUCUUUUCCUUCAAUUUUAUUUUUCUCUCCUUAAUCGCUCCUUUUGUUGGAAACGUCGAUUUGGAAGGGGAAAAGUCGAGCAAAGAGUUAAAAGCAAUGGAGUCUCGGAUGGAUCAGUACGAAAUUAUGGAACAGAUCGGCCGUGGUGCUUUCGGUGCUGCCAUUCUCGUUCACCACAAAUCCGAGAAGAAAAAGUAUGUGCUGAAGAAGAUCAGACUAGCGCGGCAAACGGAGCGUUGCAGAAAAUCUGCACAUCAAGAAAUGGCUCUUAUUGCGCGAGUUCAACAUCCUUGCAUUGUUGAGUUUAAGGAAGCUUGGGUUGAGAAAGGUUGCUUUGUUUGCAUUGUUACUGGAUAUUGUGAAGGUGGCGAUAUGGCAGGAUUGAUGAAAAAGUCAAAUGGGGUCCAUUUUCCGGAGGAGAAACUCUGCAAGUGGUUUGUGCAGCUACUUCUGGCAGUUGAAUAUCUGCAUUCAAAUUUUGUUCUGCAUCGUGACCUUAAGUGUUCCAAUAUUUUUCUUACAAAAGAUCAAGAUGUUCGCCUUGGGGAUUUUGGACUUGCCAAAACUCUGAAGGCAGAUGAUUUGGCUUCCUCGGUUGUUGGUACUCCCAAUUACAUGUGUCCUGAACUGCUUGCAGAUAUUCCAUAUGGUUUCAAGUCUGAUAUCUGGUCUCUGGGGUGCUGUAUGUAUGAGAUGGCUGCUCAUUGUCCUGCAUUUAAAGCUUUUGACAUGGCAGGAUUAAUAAGCAAGAUAAAUCGCUCUGCAAUUGGCCCUUUGCCUUCUUGCUACACUCCGUCCUUGAAAACAUUUAUCAAGUGCAUGCUAAGAAAAAACCCGGAGCAUCGACCCAGUGCAUCAGAACUUUUGAGGCACCCUUAUUUGCAGCCACAUGUUGAUCAAUAUAGCCCGUCAUUCAGCUCCCCUUCACUGAAUUGCCCUGCAGAUAAGCAUAUUUCCUCUUGUCGUGAUAACAGGAAAAAUAUGGAUGAGAGUCAGAAUAGUAGCAGCUCAUGUAGUGAUCAAGAUAGUCUGAUUUCGAAUGACAGAAACACUUCCACAGUGGUUUCAAAUGCCAACAAUGAGGUCAUUAACACUGAUUCACUUUCUAAUUAUGUUAAAGAUGGCACCGAGCAGCACCUGCUGCAUGGUGAAGAGAACGGCCCAACAAUAUUUACUUGCAAAGCUGACGAGAAAGGAAUGACGAAACAUUAUAAUUUGGAACAGGGAUUUAAUGUUCAAUCAAAGGAACCAAAAACCAUCAAAAGCAUAGGGAAAGUAGCAGAAAAUGGUUUCGCAAUGAGAGGCAAAAGCAAACAAGCAGUAGAUGAAUUGACUCAAAGAAAUAAUGUAGAGGCAUCACCCAGAGUUCUCAAACCACCGGCUCGAACUUCAAAAUCAAUUGCAGAUUCACCAACUGUUGCUUCUGCAAAACUACCUCAAGAUGCUGCAAAAAGGAUACCGGGAAAUCAUUUGAAGCACCAGCUGCAUUUAACUGAAUCCUCUCCGAAGAGUAAACCUAGACAUGAAGGACUUCCUCCGCCUGGACCUGGGAAGCAUUUUUCUGAAGAUGGACUACUUUCUAAGAGAAGGCAAAAAACUCCUUCCACUGUUGCAAGACCAUCUAUUACAGGAAGAAUGAAGCAUGCCGGAACUGAUAUUUCAUAUAGGGCAAGCAACAUACAAAAGUUAGGAUCUACAAAGAUAAACCAGGAGCGCGAAACUAUCUGUCAUCAGCUGCUCAAUGCUUGCCUUACAAAUGCUUCUAGGGAGGUAAAACAAGAGGCUGUGAUGGCUCUAACUGAAGGGACCCAAACGGAUUGCUGCAAUUUUGUUUCAUCGUCCAUCUCAAUUCAGGCAUUUGAGAUUUGUGAUGAUGCUACAGCCCACUUUAGAAGCAUGAAAGAACGGGCACAUGAUCAUGAGAUAAUUGCCCACGUCAAUAGCUUGGAGUCAUAUCCACCGUACAGCUCCCCUGCUCUGAAAUCUGUUGGUUGCUUAACUGAAGAAUCUGGUCCAACCCAGGAUCUUCCGCAUUCUAGUCCAGUUGAUGCAAAAGGGAGUCCAAGUGCCCCGUUGGACCUUCCAGGCAUGAUUUCUGAAGAAGUAUAUGUUCCUAAAGACGAUACUGCUAAAAGCAGGACAAUUACCAGGGAUGAUGUUCCUUUGUUCCGGACAAGUAGCAGGGAUGAUGCCCCCACAUGCAGCCCAAGUAGCAGGAAUGAUGCCCCUAUAAGAAGGCCAAGUAGGAGGGACGAUGCCUCCGCAUGCAGCCCAAGUAGUCGGAUUGAUGCCCCUAUAAGCAGGCCAAGUAGCAGUGAUGAUGCCUCCAUAAGCAGCAGGUUAAAUAUAGUGGAAAAUGCCCCUGUAAGUGGACCAGCUACUGGGGAAGAUUGCCCCGUUAGCAGGCCAAUUGUGAAGGAUGAAACUGUGGCAAGUAGACUUAGUCACAGGCCUGAUAUGAUGCUCCAUUCACAUAUUUCUUCUACAUCCAGUGGUGAUGACAAGUUCACUGUAAUGGAACUUCUCUCAGCUGUUGCAGAAACUUCACGUUGCAUUUUCUCACCAUUUUCAUUCACCCAGAAUAAUUCACAGCGAGAUAACAGAUCAAAUUUUCAUAAUCAAACAACUGAAAAACCAGUUGAGACCUCUCGUCCUCCAGCUUUAAAUGAGGUUAUACAUAUUAUAUGGCAUAGUAGUUUCUGUGUUGGCAGUGAGCAGCCCAUAAUGGGAAAAGAAGAAAUGGAUAUUCACAAUGUGGAUGUUGGGAAACUCAUAAAUGUUGUGAUCGACGAAUUGGAUAUGAGAAACAUGACUAGUGCAGUGACCCUGAACUCAUCUAUUUGCCCCGAAGUUUCGAGCUCAAAACCAAAUGUUUGUGAUCAUUCCGGUGUUAAAGAAAUGGAUGUUAGGAACUUUGGUUACUCGUAUCGAAAAUCCGAUUCUCCCGAGCCUGCUAACCCCAGCUCUUGUGUGCCAGAAGAGGAGACACCAGCAAAGGGAACAUUGGAUAUCAAGUCUUUUAGGCAAAGGGCAGAGGCACUCGAAGGGCUCCUGGAAUUGUCUGCAGAGUUACUGGAGCAGAACAGGUUGGAAGAGCUCGCAGUUGUUUUGAAGCCUUUCGGGAAAGAUAAGGUGUCCCCAAGGGAGACGGCUAUCUGGUUAGCCAAGAGCCUGAAAGGAAUGAUGAUUGACGACUCUGGACGGAGUUCAUGAAUACUAUUAAUUCUAGGGGGUAAGCGUUCUUUCUUUUUGUUCGUUUCCAUUGUUUAUUCACAUAGCUGUUGUAACUGUUGGCUUAUUGAUUACCAUGCUUAUCCAUUUACAAUUGAAAAUUAUAAACGGAACAUGCAGGUUGUCUUUGGC